GAAGCCUACGUCAUGGCCUAUGCUGCGAUCUUGCUGAAUACUACACUGCACAACUGCAACGCUAAAAAUCAAACAAACGCGCUGGCCGACGAGAAGACAUUCGUGCGUACUAUGCUCGAAUUUGAUAAGGACACUAACCUCUCCGAGGAUAUAAUCAAGGUAAGCGACCGUCCAGUCUGUGUACUCUUGUGGGUACUAGCCUAA